GUAGUCUAAUUGUUGCUGGUCGGUCAACAGUGGUUAAAUAAUUAGUAUAAGCUUAAAGCUUGUUUUCGUAUCCUUACUAUACAAAUUGUGAUCGUGAAAAUGGAUUAAUUGACGUUAAAAUAACAUAUAUUACUUAAACUAAGUGUUUGCAUAUGGAUUAUACAUGUGAAGUCACUGACUGAAAGAUCACCCUGACGUUUCAGGUUAAAAGUAAAGUCACUUACAUUUUACUUAUCCUGUGUACAUUUACAUUGAAAACAUUCUUAUCACUGUAGAAGAUUGUUGGUCUCAACAAUUAAAGUAAAACAGACGAAAAAUGACGGACACCGAAAGAAAAGGUUUGGAUGUCAGUUGUUCAGAACUCGAGAUUUUAAAUCCACUUCGGGAUGUCGAUGUGGAAGAUAGAGAUGAAGAAACUUCUAUUAAAAAAGUCGACAUGGACGACAAGCAAUCAUUUCUUACAGAACUUCGACAUAACACGGACACCCAAUUCAAGGUCAUACUUAGCAUUUGUGUUGCCCUCGCCAAUUCCAUGCUGGGAUGGAUCAAAGGCCAGAUCGGACCAGCAUUUCUAGACAUUCUGUACAUUUCCAACACAGACCUGGAAAGGGGAUCCGCUUUUAUGACGUCAUACUACACAGGUCGUGCGGUAGGAUCAAUCCUAGGAGGAUCCCUUUACUCUAGAAUGAACAGAUACCUGAUACUAGUCGUGUCUAUGUCUAUAAACGGUGUUACGCUUGCCCUUAUUCCUUGGUGUGCUCAGUAUGAACUCAUGGUUACUGCGCAUGUCAUUCAAGGCCUUUGUAACGGAGUGAUGAAUGUAGUUUUGACGGCCGUUGCAGUGUCAAUAUGGGGAGCCUCGGUACGAGGUAGGGUGUAUCUAAACAUGUAUAUGGCCGCUAUUUGUCCGACAGGUCUUCUAGCACCGAUGGCUACGUUUCCAUUCCUGUCACCGAGUUCGAAUGACGUCGCCUCACCCAUUGCCACACAGAACUCAUCGGACAACAUUGUAAACACAACGAACAGUUUUAUAACAGAAGGAAAUAUUUCAAAGCACAAUGCUAUUCUACAGUCACACAUUGCGCAAACUGAAAUGCCUGCAUCCAACGUUUAUAUCGCGUUUUCUAUAUCAGCCGGGUUGGCUUUGUUGUCAACACUACCGUUCGUUGUGAUAUAUUUUAAAACGUCAAAGCACGAUAACAAGGGACGUGCUAGUGAAGAGUCCAAUUUUAUUGGCAAUUUGUCCCUAAGCAUCAAACGGCUUCAACUAGUAAACAUUGGAGUGUUUGCAAUGUUUUACAUGUCUUUGAACUUUACAUUCAGUGGAUAUUUGACUGCUUUCUGUGUUCAACAGCUACGAUGGACAAAGACUUCUGGAGCAUUGUUGACGUCAGUAUUGUUUCUCACGAUGCUCUUUGGAAGAAUAGUCGGUGCGUAUUUGUCCCAUUUCUUCAAACCCAUGAAGAUGCUUGUUCUUUCGUCUCUAUUGCAUGCCGUGGCAUUAUUUGGAUUUGCUGCCAGUGGGGUUGUACUCUCUGAUACGGGAAUAUGGAUAUCUGUAUGUAUCAUUGGUACUGUUCUUAGUCUCAUAUGGCCGAGUCUGUUGAGCUGGACAAACGAGAAUUUAAUUUCAGUCCGAGGUAAGAUGUCUGCAUUCCUCCUGCUGAUAGGGUUCGUUGGAGCAUUAUCAAGUCCGCUGUUAUUCGGAUACAUGAUGGAAGAGGUCUCCCCGAUUUGGUUUUGUUUCCUAAACUUGGGGAAGGCUGGUGUAUUAAUUAUCAACGUAAUUCUGAUGUUUGUGUAUUUAAGAUUAUUGAGGAAAUCAAGAACAACAGCUGAACAAUGAACACAUAGAUAGUUAAAGGUAUACAAACUUAUGGCAUUCCUAACGUAAAACCUAAAUUGCAGUAUACAUAAACAAAAGGCAGUGCAGUAUUCCAAUGAAUUGAUACUUAGGCUGUAAUUGUCUACAAUGAUACGCAUUCAUUCCAGAUGAUUGAAGUCGAAAAAUAACUUAAAAUGAACAAUGAACAAACAUCCAUUCGUUUCGAAACAUACAUGAUUUUAAGGCUACAAGGUCGUUCGCCAUAAACUCAACUUUCUUGUGCUCAACUGGAAUCAUAACA